AACGAAUGUCGGUAUCGCUGCGGCCGUAGCCAAUUGAGCGUGUUGCGACGAUUUUCGCACAAGAGCCGCCUUGAAAGUCAAUUAGCUGUGCAUUAGCAUUAGCUGCACACUUGGCAGUCCAAAAAUUUCCAAGUCAACCGGCACGGAGGGGGAAGGCUUCGUCCGUUCUUCGUCAACGGUCUUAAGUACAUGUUUCAGUUUGCCUUUAGGACCAUUGUCGGGUAGUCAAGUGUGCUGCAUGUGUGAUAGUGAUUUGUGGUGACAUGGUGUUGAACUGACAGUUAUCGUGAGAGUCCACAGAGUGAACAGAGACAAUGCUCAAAACAUGAAGACACUAAAAUCCAGCUAAGGAAUCAAUCCGAUUUAAAGAUGCAAGCCACAAAGAGCUAUGUCCUGGGUUCCUCCAAACUUGGGAUCCGCAUGUGCGGUCUACACCAACAUUACAACAUGCCAGCCAAGCACAUUUUUGUUCAUACAACUAGUCACCACCCUAUUGGGGUACUCCAAGGACUCAACCCAAAACAAGGGUUAUGUUAACACGUUAAAUCAAGGAUAUACCACACAACAAUAUCAAAGUGAUCCUCCGUACGAUAGUGGAGUGCAACAUCAGUGGGGAUUCCAAAAGCCCAAUGCGGUACCUGUGACCCAAAAUCAGCUGGAAGGACUUUCUGCCCAUGGAGGUCAAAGUGGAGAAGUUCCUUCAACUCAAAAUGAAUGGGAUCAAGGACAAAAUGCUUUCUUCGAUACUGACAGUUCGGGAUCUUCCUCCUAUGAAGGACAAUGGGACCGUGCUCGACGGCCACCUAAGAAUGGAGGAAAGUACGAUUUUAUAGUAGUUGGUGCUGGAACAGCGGGAUGUGUUGUGGCUAACAGGUUAUCGGAAAUACAUAAUUGGAAGGUGCUUCUGAUUGAAGCAGGUGGUGAAGAGCCAGAAGUUGCAGACGUCCCAGCUUUCGCGCCAAUGCUCCAAGGAUCUAGCAUAGACUGGGGAUACAGGACACAACCGUCGCCGAAGAGCUGUCUAGCAAGAGAUGAAGGCAGAUGUCGAUGGACCAGAGGGAAGGUUAUGGGUGGCUCCUCGGUAGUCAACUACCUCAUCUACAUCCGAGGUCAUCCAGCUGACUACGAUGAAUGGGCAAGUUUGGGAAAUCCUGGUUGGGAGUACAAGAACAUCCUUCCAUACUUCAUUAAGUCUGAAGACAACAGUAACCCUGAAAGAGUCAACCCAUAUUAUCAUGGGUCUGGAGGAUGGCAGACUAUCGAGUAUUUCCCCUACCAAGAUCAGGUUACUUUGGGACUAGUACAAGCCUACGAAGAGCUGGGUUUAAAAUACGUUGAUCAAAACUCGGACACUGUAAUAGGAACCCAGCUUUUACAGCACACUACUAGAGAUGGUGCUAGACUAAGUGCGAACGGUGCCUUCAUAAGACCAAUUAGAAAUAGGAGGCAGAAUUUCAAGAUUGCAAACAACGCUCAAGUCACCAGGGUUCUUAUAGACCCAAAUACUAAAACUGCUUAUGGAGUUGAGUACGUCAACCAAAAGGGCAAGUUGACUAGGGUACUGGCUAGGAAGGAAGUGAUAUUGUCUGCUGGUGCUAUUAAUUCGCCAAUAAUAUUGAUGAACAGUGGUGUAGGGCCUUCAGACCAACUGUUUCCACAUGGUAUACCUGUGAUAAAGGAGCUUGCUGUUGGAUAUAAUUUACAAGAUCACACAACAAUUGACGGUGUAGUUUUUCAAAUUGCAAAUCGGUCAAACACUGUUGUCAGUAACGAGCAAAGAAAUAAUGACGUAUACUAUUGGAUAGACACACACCGGGGUCCGCUGUCUUCAACAGGUGCCUUGCAAGCCAAUGCAAUGGUCCAGACCAAAUACGAAGAAAGUGCUGAUAGACCUGACAUCCAAUACUCCUUGGAUGCUACAGAUGUCGACAACUUCUUUACUGACCCUAUCCUCACUUACAACACUGGAGUGUUACCUCUUUCAUACUACAGUGGAUUGACUGUCAGACCAAUUCUCUUACCUCCAGCUUCCACAGGUAGGAUCUUGCUGAAUGACACAGAUCCCAUCUUUGGUGAACCAGUGAUUAAUGCCAACACUUUUUCCGAAGAAAUAGAUUUAUUAAGGAUGGUAGAAGGUGUUAAGCAAAGUCUGAACUUGGAACGUACAUCUACGUUCCAAAAACUUGGUAUACAACUUGUGAGAACUCCACUACCAGCAUGUAACCACGUACAAUUUGGGUCUGACGAAUAUUGGGCUUGUGUUGCAAUGUCUUACACCACAACUAUCUUUCAUCCUGUGGGAACGUGUAAAAUGGGACCUCCUAGCGACCCAGGAGCUGUGGUAGACCAUGAACUGAAGGUAUAUGGGAUCAAGAACCUCAGAGUGAUAGAUGCAUCCAUCAUGCCAAAGAUAGUAAGAGGAAACACGAAUGCUCCUGUACUGAUGAUUGCAGAGAAAGCUAGUGAUGAUAUCAAGAAACACUGGCAUGGAAAUACACAUGGAGAAGGAGUGGGAACUCGUCUAGCUUCAGGUGGUCAAGAAUUGUUCUCAGGAAAUCAAGAUGUUGGUCAUUCAGAUGCGAGUGUGCAGCAUACGGUGCAUGAUGAGUUCUUCAAGGAUUUUUAUAGUCCGUUUGACUUCAACACGUUCUAUAACGCACAUUUGAAAUAACGCUGUUUUUCGUUUAUGUUUCGUUCAAAAAGUAUUUAUUGAAACAAGAUGCCAUUAUAACUCAUUCCAUCAUAUACAGGGUACACCACAUUACUUGCAAUGACCAGCAAUACAAAAAAAUGGUAGUAUUGUGAAAUUGCAAGGAUUCUAAGAAUGGUUGUAUGAACAUUGACAUCUACUGUUUUUAUAUCGAAUUUUGUAAAAUAAAGUCAGUAGUUAUAAGAAUAAGGCAAGACAGAGUUCUAUAUAAAGAAAAAGUAGUUCAGCAGAUUAUGUUCGGAAUACUUAACGAAUACAAUUCAGCUUUCAUCUGGAUCAACACUUUAGAUAGCUACCUAUAACCCAUAAAAGGUUUUCCAAACUUGACAGAUGCAUGGUAGAGCACAGAGCGGGGGGAGUAGGGGGCCGUGGGUCUCCCUAGGAAUCUGGUUGGACCGCUCUUUAGAAAGCUUUGGGGAUAGGUAAACUUUCACAAAAACUUAUCUUUUGCCGAUGAUUGGCCCUCCCUAAAAACAAUUCCUGCGGGCGACCAAGGAGUGAGGUAUCUUCUGACCAAAGUAAUGGGAUAUUGGUAGAGAAAACUGCAACACAUUUCUUAAGUAAAUCCUUACCUCCAGUAAAGAUGUUACAUUGCGACAUUGCAAAUUAUGGGACCAUUCAAGACAUCGACCAAGGUAUAGAACUUUCAACCUUGUAACAUACAAAUUGAUCUUACUUAGUCUGACAAUUUUCAUUUAUCUUUAUCUGGCAGUUAACUGACAUAUGCAUCACAUAAAGUUGCCUGCAGAAUAAGAAUCAUCUGGAAAUUAUGAGAUUGGUCCUCACUGUUGUCUUUUUAUUCAUAUAAUUGAAACUCGUCAGACACAACUUUUGUACAGGUACUGUUAUAAGAAAUAGUAUAUUUAUUGUCGACCCUGUAUAUAAAUACAUCAUAGCUCCAGUUCACUAUUAUCAUUAGAUUAUUUAUGCAUGUCUGAUGGUGAAUGCCAAUGUUAUUUUGUGGUGUUAUUUAUUUGCUGUAUAUACAUCGUAGUUGAAUAAAGUUAUUUUUGUAUUAGAAUUAAUAUUGCUAAUUUAUUAUUUCUCGUUGCAAUACGAUAGGUUUCGCGUUUCACUAUCUAAUUCAUGCUAAUAUUCUGCUAAGCACUACUUAUUAGGAGUAAUUACGGUCAGCGGCUUGAUAAACGGAUAUACAGAGUGAAGUGAACGUGUGCAAGGUGUUGCAUCAAGUUGGUCAGCUCAAUAACUCCCACACAAAUGCAAUUUCAGGCGCAUUUUUUUUUGUGAAGGUCAUAUACAGUAGCGGACAAAAGUUUGGAAACAUUCUUAGUAAUUUUUAAAAAGUGCGCUGAUUUUUUAUUCUUCAUUAUUAAGGACUAUUUUUAGCUUACAAUCCUGAGGACACAAAUGACAAUUUCUGUUUGCUGUGGUACUACAGAUUACCAUUAAAAUACCGUCAUAUUAUUUUAUGACCGAAAAUGAGACGACAAAGGUAUGGAAACAUAUUUUUUAUUAUGAGAUUAUAUACAAUAACUCUACAAUAAGAUUAAAUAAGUACUGUUUAGCCAAUAUUUAGUAGCAUAGCCUUUAGUAUUCAACACUGCCUGACAUACGUUGCUCAUAGAAGACACCAAUUUUUUACAGACAUCUGUCGGGAUAUUUUGCCAAAUAUUUUUUACAUAAUCAAAUAAAUCGUUCCUGUUGUAAAAAGUUUUUUUUUGACAGUUUUCCUUUAACAUGCUCCCAGAGAUGUUCUAUAAGGCUUAGGUCCGAGGAUUGCGAAGGCCAUGUAAGAACAUUAACAUUUUUUAGACUUAGUCAGUCUUUUACGGAUUUUGAAGUAUGCUUGGGGUGAUUACUUUGCUGGAAUAUUCAUCGUAAAGGGAUCAUGUGUCUACUAAGAAUUUCUUUGUAAAGGUUUUGAUCCAUUUUCCCAACAAUUUUUAACAAUUGGACCCGUUCCAGAACUAGAAAAACAGCCCCAAACCAUGAUGUUGCCUCCACCGUACUUAAUUAUUGCCAACUGAUACUUUUUGUCAAAUCUUUUUCGUAUUGGACGUCUCACAUAUACCGUACCGUCAGAUCCAAACAAGUUAAAUUUGCUUUCAUCGUUCCAUAAAACUGUAUCCCAUUGUUGUACUGCCCAAGUUAGAUGAGUUUUAGCAAAUUCAUGCCGAGCAAUUCGAUUUUUUUAAAUGAGAGGCUUUUGCAAUGGACGCCUACCAAAAAGCCCAACAUCCACCAAGCGUCUCUGCAUAGUUCUGACAGAAUUCUCGGCAACCUCUUCUAGGAUUCUUUCGAAAAUCUGUGUGGCUGGCAUUCGAAGAUCUUCAUGGGACAAACGUUUAAUGUAGCGAUCCAUAAUCGGUUUCUUGUCGGUCUUCCGCACCUGGGCCGUUCCUGUUAAUCCGUAUUUUUGGUAUUUAUUAAUACUUUUUGAGAUCGUCCCAUUGUUAAUUUUGAGAAAUGUCAACAUUUCAGACAUCACUUCUAAAUAAUUCAAGUACUUUGUCUCUCAAAUCUUUCGGAAAUACUUUUACUUUUGCAAUUCUCACUGAUGUUAAUAUUUACCUCACGCAAUAUCAGAGUAUCGCAGUACGAAUAAAAACGGCAAAACUGAAAUGUUUCCAUACCUUUGUCGUUACAAAAUCUGCGGUAUUUAAAAAAAGGAGUGUUUUUAUUUUCAGAAAAUUUUAAUAUUGAUAAGAUAAACCGUGUAUUAGUAUGGGAGCCAAAG